AUGCGCUUCUCAACCGUCUUUGCCGCCGCUACGGCAGCCCUGUCCGCGGGCGUCGAGGGAUACCUCGUCAGGGUUGGCCUGCCCAAGACCAUCAAGCUCGGCGACGUUUGGGAGGCACGAGUAAACACGGCCAUUCAGCAACCGAGACAAGACCUCGUGGUUUGGGGUGCCAGUCCGGCCGGGUCCACCUACCCGGGGAGCAUCGGUAUCGAGUUCGCGCGAACGAAACUGGACGAUGCUCUCUCGGGAGGUUACAACGACACCAUCCCCGGCCUCACCAUCCCCGAGGGCUUGCGCAUCACGCCUGGAGAGUGGUCGAUCCAGGCUGUGAUUCUUCAAUGGGCCGGUGCCGCUCAACAGCCGUCCCUGGAAACGUACUUCUGGAAUGUCACGAUUGGAGAUGUCACGAGUGAGGAGCUUGUAUGGCAAGUGGCACGCGGUCCGCAGUCAACGAGAUGUAACCUGCAAUGA